UCCGGUAAAUCCCAAGGACUUUGAGAAAUUUCUCGAACUUUCUGGACGUCUUCAGAAAAGGGCAAUCCGGACAACACCCUUCAAACAAGUGUCCAUCAACACUUCUGUAAGGAGAACUGAACUCUGUAGGAUGUCCUGAAGCUGCUGUUUAAACAACACUAGUGCCUGAUGGUGAAAAUGGGGAAGGAUUAUUACAGUGUUUUGGGGAUUCAGAAGGGCGCAUCUGAUGAUGAAAUAAAGAAAGCAUAUCGCAAACAAGCGCUCAAAUACCAUCCGGACAAGAACAAGGCACCGGGCGCCGAGGAGAAGUUCAAGAAGAUCGCUGAAGCUUAUGACGUGUUGAGUGACCCGAAAAAGAAAGACAUAUACGACAAAUUUGGCGAAGAAGGGCUGAAGGGAGGCACCCCUGGCGGGGGAGGCAGUGGUGGUAAUUUCAACUACACUUUCCAAGGCGACCCUCAUGCAAUGUUUACAGAAUUUUUCGGCGGACGGAACUCUUUCGAACAUAUUUUCGGCCGCAAUGGUGGCAUGAACGAGGACAUGGAAACUGAUGACCCUUUCGCUAGUUUUGGGAUGGGUGGCAUGGGUGGUUUCCCCCGGUCCUUUAACACACGCGGGCAUGGUGGGAGAGUGGAGAAAAAGAAGGACCCUCCGGUGACCCAUGACAUCAGGGUUAGUCUAGAAGAAGUGUUUACUGGCUUCACGAAGAAGAUGAAGAUCUCACGCAAGCGCCUGAAUCCUGAUGGAAGAACGACACGUACGGAAGAAAAGAUCCUUACAGUGGAUGUGAAGAAAGGAUGGAAGGAGGGAACCAAGGUUACUUUCCCCAAAGAAGGUGAUGAGACGCUGACAAAUAUCCCUGCAGAUGUGGUGUUUGUAGUGAAGGACAAGCCACAUCCUGUGUACAGACGAGAUGGAUCGGACAUCAUUUAUCCAGCUAAAGUUACACUCAAAGAGGCACUCUGCGGUUGCACAGUUCAUGUUCCAACAUUGGAUGGUCGCACGGUAACUGUAACGUCUCGGGACAUUGUCCGUCCUGGAAUGAAACGGCGUGUCACUGGGGAGGGUCUUCCCCUUCCAAAAUCACCAGACCGUCGUGGGGACCUAAUUGUGGAAUAUGAGGUUAAAUUCCCUGAAAGGCUAAGUCAGAGUGCCAAGGACACAAUUGGAAACGUUUUGUCAGCUUCAUGAGCUGUGUAUCAAACUAUAUUAGAGCUGUUACCAAUGGGAUCUUUUUGUUUUUGUUUCUAUGCUUUCAAAGUAGCUUAUAAGGUGUUCUAAACAAGAUAUACCUGAGCAGCUGAACUUUUGGAGGACUGCAUCAAGGAUAUUUCAAUUAUUCUGGAAUGCACUGCCAAUGAAAGACUAUCUGAGCAAAAACAGAUGGAUUAGACUAGCUUUUUGCAUCUGUUAUGUACAUUUUGAACCCGUGUUUGCUUUGGGUCUGGACCAACAGAAAGUCCAUGAAUUCAUUCCAGCUUCGGCCUUUUGGCCAGUGUUUUGUUGUGCACUGCACACUUGAGUUUGAGUAAGAAGUGUAUGUUCUGCUUGAAUGUCUUGCAACAAAGACUUUUCGCCAAUGUUGUCUAAUGGAACUGUUUUGUGACUUCAUUAAAAGUGAUUAACAAACAUAAUGGUGGCCUUAUAGUAAAGGUAUUUUAAGCUGUGCGCAUACACGGCUGAGUCUGAUUUAUGUGUGAAACAGCAUUUUAUUCAGAUGCUACGAGGUAAAACAAGGGGAGGUUGGUAUAUCUAAAGUGGGACAACAGCAUGGCUGUAUAUCUGAUUAUACCUGUAUGUGUCUUGAGAGUUGUUUUAUUAUUCUAAGCAAUUCAUUUAAAAGUACAGGAAUGUCAUUUUGUUGUUGAAUCAACAUCUCGCCA